AUGAGAUGUAUACAUAGUUACACUAGAUGUACAAUAUAUAAGUACACUCACUAUCUAUCGAUAAGUGUUAUCAUGUCAAUAGCAUGCUUACAUCGCACGCAUUUUACAUGUCUACCCAAUCUGUCCCUCGGAAGGCGAAUCCUGAUAAAUAAAGUGUACAUAAGCGACGACAAUGGCGGAGCGGGAGAAUGCGGGAGAGAAACCGCGGGGUGAGAAAAUCCAGUGGAAGUCCGAGGAACUGACCAUUCUGUUCCUCAAGCGAUUAGCCAAGGGAUUUCUCAGUGGAGUUGGUCUGUACAGUGGGGUGAAGGUCAUAUCGGCCCUGAUGAGGAACCCCUUCCGGGAGAAGUUGCCUAGUGUCCUGAUGAAAAUAUUCUCCACGGACUGUCUACGCUUCGCUUCUUUUCUUGGACUUUAUCCAAGUGUGUAUCAACUUCUACGUGAAAUUUUACAGAAAGCGAGGAACACGAAGGAUGGGUGGAACAGCAUGGCCGCUGGAGGAUUAGCGGGGUUAACUUUAUGUGUAGAGGACCCAACUCGACGACUUAUCUUCUGUCUGUUCGCUAUCUCCAGAGCGAUUGGUGCGUUAGUCUCCACCCUUGUAGCCAGAGAGAAGAUACCUGAAAUCCCCUACUCAGAGACCGUGUCCUUCUGUUCGUGCUGCGCAUUCUUAGUAUACUGCACAGCUCUUAAUCCACAGCUCCUCAAUACUGGGUAUUAUUUCUCUGUGUUGAAGUGGUCACGUGACUACACGGACAAAAAACUGCAGGUUUUAUUCAGAGAACCUGGCGAAAGGUUUUUGACCUGCCAGGAUGUUGGGUUGCACAAAGACAACUGCUUUCGUCACGCUGUUGUUGAUUGGGUGAAGAGUUUUCCCGCCUUUGCCAAACUUUACUUCCCCAUUCACGUCGCACCAGUCGUUAUAUUUAGACGGGCGUUGCUCCUUGAGAGGCCGUACAGAGUUUUGAAGUCCAUUUUGAAAAACACCAUCUUUUCUACCGCUUUCCUGGCGACCAUGGUAAUGCUGGCCAAGUAUAUGAUAUGCUUGUUAAGAAAUUUAUCACAAAAGCCUCCUCCUUUGGCUACUUAUAUUCCUGCUGUCGCUGGAUUUGUUUGUGGACUAGGAGUUCUAUUCGAACGCGCGUCUAGACGAAAAGAGUUAUCCUUGUUCUUAGUCCCUCACACGCUUUAUGCCUUGUAUCUUUGGACAAAACAGAAGAGGAUUCUGAAGGACAUUCCUUUCGGUUCUGUGGCGUUGUUCGCCGUCUCCAUGGUAUCUGUGAUGCACGCGUAUGAACGUGAACCGGAGUCCCUCUCUAUGCUCUUGAAUGGAGUCUUGAGAUAUUUUGUUGGUGAACAGACUAAUGUACGCUUUAGAAUCCGCAGAAGAGUGAAAACUGUUAGUGAAAUGUUAUCGUAAUAAAACGUUAGAAUAUUCAUUGUUUAUUCAUGCAUAAAAUGUUAACUGAA